UUCGGGCCCGUGUCCGACGUGGAGAUGGAAUACACAAUGGAUGUCUUCUUUCGGCAGACGUGGACUGAUGAGAGGUUGAAGUUUAGUGGGCCAACUGAAAUUUUGAGAUUGAACAAUUUAAUGGUCAGUAAAAUCUGGACACCAGACACAUUUUUUAGAAAUGGGAAAAAAUCAAUUGCUCAUAAUAUGACGACUCCUAACAAACUUUUCAGAAUUAUGCAGAAUGGAACUAUUCUUUACACAAUGAGACUAACCAUUAAUGCUGAUUGUCCUAUGCGGUUGGUGAACUUCCCUAUGGAUGGACAUGCUUGUCCACUGAAGUUUGGAAGCUAUGCUUAUCCAAAAAGUGAAAUAAUUUAUACAUGGAAAAAGGGACCCCUGCACUCAGUGGAAGUACCGCAAGAGUCUUCCAGUCUCCUCCAGUACGAUCUCAUAGGACAAACUGUAUCUAGUGAAACAAUUAAAUCUAACACAGGUGAAUAUGUAAUCAUGACCGUUUAUUUCCACUUGCAAAGGAAGAUGGGCUACUUCAUGAUACAGAUAUACACUCCCUGCAUCAUGACAGUCAUUCUUUCUCAGGUGUCCUUCUGGAUUAACAAGGAGUCUGUCCCAGCCAGGACGGUUUUUGGAAUCACUACAGUGCUAACCAUGACCACUCUCAGCAUCAGCGCACGCCAUUCUUUGCCCAAGGUGUCCUAUGCUACCGCCAUGGAUUGGUUCAUAGCUGUGUGCUUCGCCUUCGUCUUCUCGGCACUUAUUGAGUUUGCAGCUGUCAACUACUUUACCAACCUUCAGACUCAGAGAGCGAUGAGGAAGGCAGCCAGGGCAGCAGCACUGGCAGCAGCACUAUCAGCAGCAACUGUACCGGCAGAGGACGAGAUUGUCUCGCAUUCUGACUCCAACUGUAACCUGAAGAAGCGAGUGAACUCCAUAAUAUCGCAGGCAGACCAGUCUCCUGAAGCCAGCAUCAUAUCAAACACUGCAUCCCAGUGUCAACCAGCGCCCGUUCCUCCCCCAGCCCCACCACCAGCUAUUGGAGGCACAAGUAAAAUAGACCAGUACUCCAGGAUCCUCUUCCCAGUGGCAUUUGCAGGAUUCAACCUGGUGUAUUGGGUCGUUUAUCUUUCAAAAGACACUAUGGAAGUGA